CUCUGAAGAGGGGAUCUUCACCUGAGCAAACAUGGUGAGCCACCAACGCGCUAGGGAGGCAGAUGGUGCCGUUCUGCAGCAGUGCCGCUGCCGCGCCACACAGAGAGAACGGGCCGAUAGGGGAGUGGGAAGCACGCUGCAGCGAGGGCAGGCAGGCGUCUGGGCAGUCCGUGCGGUGAUGUCUCUGUUGCGUAUGUUGUGUGUGUUGCGUGUGCUGUGUGGUUCAGGCUGACGAUGAGGUUCAUGACUUUGAGGGUGGUGGUGGCGAGUCUGGCGCCUCCCACACCUUCCCCAUGCAAGCCGGCAACUUGAAGAAGAACGGAUUCGCCAUGCUCAAGGACAAGCCCUGCAAGGUGGGUGAGGAGGGCGAGGGAGGGAGGGAAACCCCCACCCACCACACACGAUGAGCGUCGAUUGUGGUGCGUGUGUGUGUGUGUGUGUGUGUGUGUGUGUAGAUAAUGGAGAUAACGACGAGCAAGACGGGGAAGCACGGUCACGCCAAGGCGCACAUUGUGGGUCUGGACAUCUUCACCGGCAAGAAGUACGAGGACCUGUGCCCCACCUCACACAACAUGAGCGUCCCCGUCGUCAACCGAGCCGAGUUUCAGGUAGGUAGCUCAUCACUGGCCGGGCCGCCCCGCCCACACACACUAUCCUUACACCCAGCUCAGCUCAGCUCAGCCCAUUGUACUCCUGUGUGGGUGUGCAGCUGAUGGACGUGAACGAGGAGGGGUUUUGCACCCUCCUGCUUGAGUCCGGCGACACCAAGGAAGACCUCAAGCUACCCCAGGGCACCGAUGAGGACGGAAAACUCGCCGAGACGGUGCGCACACAACUCUUCACACACACCGACCAGGCCGACCACCGGGAACCACUCUCUGGGUGUGGUGGGCUUGUGUCUGGCUGCAGAUCCGCGACAAGGUGAAGGAGGGCAAGGAGGUGUUAGUGACGGUGCUGUCGGCCGUGGGGCAGGAGAAGAUCGUCGGCUACAAGGAGAUGACGGGAUCUGGAUAG